UAAUCUCUGGCAGCUGCAGUUAUAGGUCAUAUGGAAUAGGUGUCACUAGUUUAGCGACAUCUAUUUCGAGAUAACCUUCAAGUGAUUUUGUCAAAUUAUUGAUAACAAGACGGCUUUAUCAGAGAGUUAUUGUGUAGUUUAGUCGUCGUUAAUUACCAAUCUCGUAUUAUUACGUCGUUAAAAAUGAGUUCUCUUAAUAGAAUAUUAUUUUCAUGUAAAUCUAUAUCAAACAAUGCAAGGGUGUUUUCUACGAGUACAAGAUUAAACGCAGAUGAUGGAUGGUUUUCGAAACUCCUGGUGCGAAGAAUUGAGCCCACUAAGGAAUCACACAGUCGUAUGCUUAGUGACAAGGAGAUAAUUUAUGCUCUUCAAACACACAACAUAAGACCUGAUUCUAUGGAUAGAUAUUUGCAAAACUAUAAGCAAGCAGUUGACUUCAUACACUCACACAAAGAAGACAUUGGCUGUGAACUAGUUGGAUCAUGGACUGUAUCUGUAGGAGACAUGGACCAGGCCCUACACCUGUGGAGAUAUGUAGGAGGUUUUGAGAAAAUUGACAAGGCUAAAAUAUUGUUUAAGCAGGAUCCUGAUUAUAGUUCAUUGGAGAAAGAGCGCGGCACUUUGGUUCGAUCGAGGCAUCUCCAGUAUUUAUUAGCUUUCAGUUUCUGGCCAAACGGCGAACCACGCGAACCAAAUAACAUUUAUGAAAUACGUUCUUACAGUUUGAAACCGGGCACGAUGAUCGAAUGGGGUAACAACUGGGCGAGAGGCCUCACCUACCGUCGCUCUCAAAACGAAGCUUUCGCUGGAUACUUCUCGCAGAUCGGCAGACUUUACAACGUGCAUCAUAUUUGGUGCUACAAGAAUUUGCAAGCCCGUCGUGAAACCCGUGAGAGUACGUGGCGCAACCCGGGCUGGGACGAGUGUGUAGCGUACACCGUGCCGCUCAUCAGGGAGAUGCACUGCCGAAUCCUCGAGCCCACUGUAUUCUCCCCUACGCAAUAACGUAUCAAGCGCAACAAAUAUUUCUCUAAAUAGAUAUAUUUAGGCUUCACUGCCUUGUAAGUCCAGAUUUCAUACUAACGCAAGCAAUACCUCAGGGACCUAUCGAAAUGAAAUGAAAUUGCUUAUAAAUUAUUUACAAAUAUUAAAAUUAAAAAAAGCAAUAUUUGAAACAUAAAUAAUGAAUUUUCGAUGCAAUAUCAAAUCGAAGUUAUUGCAAGACUCCGCAAUUUUUUCGAUCGAUACAAUCAAAUCAAAAACCAUUAAGCACAACACUAUCUGGGCUUUCCACAUUGAGCCUAAUUAUUCCAGUACCACAUAGGUAUUUAUCAAGAAAAUAUGGAAAUUGAGGCUCAAUGUGAGAGGACUGCUUUAUUGUGUAGUGUGUAGUCUAAGCCAGUAUCUUAUUUUAUAGCAUUUUUUAUUCAUGUAAAAAUCUUUGAUCAACGAUGAAUGAGGCAAAUGUGAUAGCCAAGGACGCACCGACAACGGGCUAGUAAGAAAAUCUUCUGCUAGUACAUCAACUUCAAUUUGGUCACACAUAAUAAUAUGUUGCAUCGAGAGCCAUGGGCUGUCAAAGCAAAGUGAGUCUUAGCAACAUAUUAGGAAUAGAAUUCGCGAAGAUGCCGGAAGAGCUUAUGCGCCCUGUGUUACCUAAUUGGGUAUAUCUGAAAGGGUAUAAUUGCAUAUUGUUUCAUUUUGUUUAUGUAUAUGUAUUUACAUUAUAUUAAGUAGAUUUUAUAAACGAUAUUAAGUGUUUGAUUUAUAUUCUUUCAUGCAGUAUUGGAACUUGUUCUGUUAUUGCGACUUACCUUGAAGAUGCAUUUUAUAUGCUUAGUUGGAAGUUGGUAUGCAUAAAAUAAAUACAAAUCUAGUUUC